UGCAGGGGCGUCGGGUGACACUACGAUUAAUCUUUAUUCCCUCAGCUUGUAUUUGCAGCUAGCUGAAACGAGAGCCAAGAGUGAAUUAUUAAUUUAUUGAUUACUCCCUAGUCUGCAUGAAAAAAGUAGUAUAGGAAUGCUCCGCGCAGUAAUGCCUGGUAACGAAUGAAUCAGAUCAACGAAAAUGUCACAGUGAAUGGGUUUUCAGCCCAAGUCGACACGGCUCCAUUCGUAUGAGAAUCGUGCCGAGGUUGUUAUUGUGGAUUGGACCCUGCCCAGACGCAGGGAGUACGAUCGUACGAGCACCACCACCGCCGGUGGCCAGCUGAGAGUCCGGCGUGAGCGGAAGACUGGGUAAGCAGCGUGACCGGUGGCGUUAUUAUCGUCCUAGCCCUCGACCAACAAGUGAAUAACAGCCAGCUAGCUGCUGCGCCCAGGGCUGUGCAUAGGGUAUUCCUACUGUGCGGGAUCUCAUUCUGAAUCACAACACCGAUCAGCAGUUGCAUGAGAAUGUCCAUGUUUCCGCGAGCAGCGGUUCAGCAGGAUUGGACGGUCGGCUGGUUGCAAUGUCAAUGAACGAGCCACGGGACGCCAGGCCUGGUGGAGGUGACAGCGCGGGGGCAGCAGGUGCAGCUCACUCCGCAAUGGACCCGAUAGUGAUGCAACGGCACAUGGUCCAGGAAGCUCAGAAGGACUAUGAAAAAGAGCAUGAAAAGACGACACAGCUGGUGUGGAAUAAAAGCGGCGAUCGACAGGCACUAAAGCUAAGGGAGCCACGGCAGCUGUUCUGCACCACUGGCGAUGCUGUCGUCCAUGCGUCUAAUCCUCGCUGGCCUGUGGAAGUGCCGUGUAUUGCAACAAGACCGCAUCACAUACACUACACGCCAUUAAAACGAGAGCGAUUCUACAAUCGCAAGGUGGAUGACUUCACCUAUCAGCCAUCCAAGCCGUACAGCAAAGCCAAGCUAGUGUACAACAACCAGCCUGGUCCAGAGCCAUACUUUGUCCGGGCCCGUGCUGGACCUUCUCCCGGAAGAGAUCUGAAGUCCGCUGCCGUCUCGCCGUCACCCGAAAGCGAGACACUGGUGUUUGAGUCGCGCUUUGAAAGUGGUAAUUUGCAGCAUGUGUACAAAGUAGGUCCACACGACUAUGAGCUGUACCUGCGCACAGACCUGUACACAAAGAAGCACACACAGUGGUUCUACUUCCGAGUGCAGAACACGCGUGCCGACACCGCGUACCGCUUCACCAUAAUGAACCUGCUCAAGCCGGCAUCUCUCUACAAUGAAGGACUGAAGCCAGUCUUCUACUCCGAGAAGGAUGCGAGCACGCGUGGCGUGGGCUGGGUGCGCAAUGGUGCAUUCAUCUCCUACUACAAGAACUCAGUCAGGCGGCUGGACGCUCCCGAGCGCUGCUGCUACUCAAUGACAUGGACGUGUAAGCUGCCGUAUGCCAAUGACACCUGCUACUUUGCACACUGCUACCCUUACACAUACAUGGACUUGCAGGAGUAUCUGCGACGCAUUGCCGGUGAUCCCAUUCGAUCUCGAUUCUGCCGUCAGAAGGUUCUGUGCCAGACGAUAGCUGGUAACUAUGUUCAUAUACUGACCAUCACGUCACCUAGCAAGUCACCCAUGGAGGCAAAGGAAAAGAGAGCAAUCGUUGUGACGGCGCGUGUGCAUCCCGGAGAGACCAACGGCAGCUGGAUGAUGAAAGGCUUUCUGGAUUUCAUCUGCGGGUCCAGUGCAGAUGCAAAGCUACUACGUGACUGCUUUGUGUUCAAAGUCAUACCGAUGCUGAACCCAGACGGGGUGAUUGUCGGCAAUUACCGUUGUUCGCUGGCCGCACGCGAUCUGAACCGCAACUACAGAUCCAACUACAAGGAAGCCUACCCGACGAUAUGGCACUGCAGGGAGAUGGUGAAGAGAUUACUAAAAGAACGUGACGUCCUAUUAUACUGUGACUUUCACGGCCACAGUCGCAAGAACAACGUGUUCAUCUACGGAUGCGAGAACAAGGGAAAUCCUCUGCUCCGUUUUCAUGAGCGCGUGUUCCCGCUGAUACUGGACAAGACAUGCCAGGGCAAGUUCAAGUUUGACAAGUGCCACUUCAGGUGCCAGAAAAGCAAGGAAGGAACUGGUCGUAUUGUCAUGUGGCGGCAGGGAAUUCUGAACAGCUUUACAAUGGAGGCUACGUACUGCGGCAGUAAGGUGGAGGGGCCGGCGAUCGGCUAUCACUUCCACAGCGACGACCUGGAGAGCAUGGGCGCUCACUUCUGCGAUGCCAUACUGGACUACUGCGACCCGGAUCCCAGCAAGGUGCAGUACAUAUUGGAGGAGCUGGCCGAGCGACACCGCCAGAAGAUCCUGCAGCGGCUGCAGCAGCUGGGCCGCGCCGUACUGCCUGGACAAGACCUGCUCAAUAUGGACAUUGACUCUGAUCUCUCAAGUGACGACGGUGGCUCAGACAGCAGUGGCAGUGAUGGUGAGCCUGUUGUACAGCCAACACUGCUCAAGCAACACGUAUCGCAUCGCGCGGAAAAGAGAAAACGUCGCAAGGCACGCCGAGACAAGGCCAAGGCCAAAGUGAAGCUACACUUUGAGAGCAAGCGGCAGGUGCACCCUUCCAGCGACCCUGCUCCCAUCAAGCCAGCUCACCAUCCUCUCACCGCCGCUGCAGAACCAGCAGCAGCAACAGCACAACCGCAGACUCAGCCUCAAGAGCUGGACAAUGGCCAGCCGUCAAUGGUUCCACUGGUGGAGAAGGAUAUUGUGCUGAAGGCAAAAUCAAAGGUUGAUAGUCACCUGACAAGCUCCAAGGCCGGUUGGAAUGGACCACCACCGCACACUCAGGAGAGGAUAGAUUCAAGGAGCAGGCAAGUUCUCGACAUGCCACACUUGGUCUACCCGAUGGUGGCACCACAGCCUGACUUGAACGACUACCUUACGACGAUCACUAACGAGUACAUACGCCAGGGCUUGCUGAUUACGGAGCGAACAAAGCCAGAAGCCAUUCCUCUCACCUACACCACGCCCAAGCAGAGGAGUAGCCAGAUCAUGCGAAAGCUGAUGUCGUCCGACACCGAGAUGGCGUCUGGAUCAGGGGCACGUCAACAACCACCAGCACCGCCACCACCGCCGCCUAAACCGGCAGCAACGACGUCAGUCAUUGACCUGCCACAGCGCGCACCAAGCCCACCAUCGUUCACCUCCCAAUUCCUAGCUAACCAACUAAAGAACCCGCUGCAGCAAAGUCAGCUAGGCAUGGGUCACAGCGUCACUGGGCAGUUCCAGCCGGUCGUGGCGCCGUCGUCUUUCCUAAAAAGCCUGCGGCACCGCCGUGGCAGUAAGUCGACCGGUGCGCUGGUCUCUCAGCAGCAGCAGCAGCAUCAGCAGGAUACUCACGGAGGCAAUCUCAGCCACCAGGUAGCAUCGCGCUACGAUCGGGCCGCGGUCGAGAAGACAAUGGCGGAACACCGCAGGAAUCAGCUAAGCAAUGAUUUGGUUGCUGGACGGCGAAGCCAAACAAUGGAGACCCCGAUAACACCUGCGCCAGCCGUGCUGCCAUCCAUACCAGGACGCCCUGUCCCGAAGGGAGAGAUGGCGGACUACUUUGCACCGGACAUGCCGGCAAGGCGACCAUCUCAUAUCAGCACGGGUGAUGAGAAACCAGCGAUGACGCCUUUGUGUGGGAAAAAGCAAACGUCGCACAGUGAUCCGGCUUCUGCUGUCCAGGCACUGGUGGCUAAGCAAGAGAACCAUAGGAAGGGUGUGGUAGCCGCUUUAGAUGCUAGGCAGCAACAGCGCAAACAGACAGCCCGCACGUCCAUCGGGGGAAGAUCGCCUGAAAAACAGGCUGUGGAUAAUCGCAGUGAAUUCCGAACUGCUGGCGAUGUGACGUCCAACUUUCUCACACUCGACGCGGAUAUUCCGGAGUCAAGGCAGGGCCCGCGACCGUUGAUGCCUGCUACUCCAGCGCGGAGACUGCGAACAUCAGAGCCCGGUAAUCGUGCACCGGGAAGCGUGUACCACAAAUUGAGGAAUGCACCGAUGCAGCCCAUAGCCCAGGAUGUGCAGCCUCCCAGCUCGAGUAUGCAAGAAAAAGGCUUGGAUGCUGCUCUGACACCGGCGGUGGUGCUCCUGGAUGUGCCCAGUAAUGUGACGACGGCCGUUGUAAGCAAUGGACGCUCCACGCUGAGUCGCACACCGGCCGCCGCUGGUAGUCUUGCCGGCCACCACCCGCUACCACGCGUAGGACGGACAGGACGGACGACAACGACGGCAAGACGCACGUCACAGUAGCCGCUGUGCUGUUGGCGCCACUCGCCAUUGGAUGUAUGGAGUGAUGUCAUGGUCAUAAUUAUCAGACCAGUGGCGCUGUGUGUAUAAAUGACAUCAUCACUGUACAUGUGCACGAGCGGUUUCUUUGUCCCGCCAGGUGGUGUCAAAUGUAGCUAACUACCCAUGCACGCAGGCAACGACUGCAAUUCCUUGCGUAUGAGCGUGUGAAAGUAGUACUUGUACGAAUAUAACACAUGCGUCCUAAUCGGAUAUACAUGGGCACACAUCUUGAAGUUCGAUACUGGAGAUUGCAUGUUGCACAUACAACUUUUGUAACCGUGUCCUGUUCUUUAUAAGGAAAAGUUGAAAUCCACACAGGUAAUAUGAUUGUGAAACUAUACUUAUUAUCAAUUCCCAUCUCCUUAAUUAAUGCCGUAUUUAUUCUUUUCUUGCUUUUUUUACAUUUGAGUCUAGCCACCCAGUAUUAAUUUUGGCUUUGUUGUACAUAGAAGACCGUAGGCAGGGUUGCUGGUCUCAUGGCUGAUGGUGACUUCAGUUCUGUACGAAACAUCGGAAGAAGUUCUUUUUAGCACACAAUCAAUAGAUUCAGUGAAGUACACUGCCGCCCGAAUUAACUAUUAUUAUUAUUCCAGGGUUUUCUUCGGAGUGUCACACAUUGCCGCUAUAUGCUAUGCUGGCUAUAUGUGGACUAUAUGCUAUAUUGGCUAUAUGUGGACUAUAUGCUAUAUUGGCUAUAUGUGGACUAUAUGCGGACUAUAUGCUAUACGACUAUAUGUGGAGAAUACUGGCAUGCACUAGGAAACCAUGUACAUACCAGGCGAGGAGCACCGCCGUUGGACUUGGUCCGGGGGUCUCCUGAUUCCCGGGGAAUUUUUGAAAUUAGGGUGCAAAAUCCUGCAUUCUGGGCACUUUUGGCCGAGUGUCAACAAAA